GUGAAUUUUUUUUUUAAGAAAAAAAGAAAAUUCGAAAACAGGGGCUUGUUAGUUCCGUCUCAUUUACUCAAUUACUCCCUGUGCGGCUCUCAGCUCUCUUUCACUCUAAACCUAAAAACUCAAAACUCUUCCUCCACUGUCGCUGCCGCACUCCCGCACCACGCCACCGCCGGCUGCUGCUCCAUCACAGACGCCUUCCGCCGCUGCUGCCUGGUGCUUUGACGUUGUCGGUGCUGCUGUGGGUUGCUCGAAGCCUCGAUUCGAACACUAUCGAACUCGAAGAGUCGAAGGUUUUCAAGCCCUAAUCCCUAAAAAUCGAAAUUUUUGAUUUUGUUUAAGCCGCCAACCGUCUACCCCUGCCAUCCCCUCCUGCCGCCUGCGGCUGCCUAGUAGCUGGUUCGGUGGUUCCUAUUUCACAUUCAUUAACAAAAACCCUAAAAAUCAAAAUUUUGAUUUUUGAAGUGAUUCAUGAUUUCAGGGCUUUAUAUUGGUGCCGGUAUAAGAAUAUUCUAAUCUUUUGAUUCUCGAGGAAUCUAAGUUUGCAGGUUUAUUGAAAAUGGUUUAUAGACGUAGUGUUUGUACGAGAGCUACCCUUUUCUAUCGAAGAUUCAAUCCUUGUACUGGUUAUAUUUCUCAUGACAAUGAUAGAAGGAAAACCAUUGACGAUCAUGAAGCCCCAUUGAGAAGGCAUAUCGAUGAUUUUCUAAGCCAAAGCAGGUCUUUUGGAACUUAUGUCAACAAUUCUUGGACAUCUAAUAGCUUAUUUCAUCAUCAAAGGUCAAUUUAUUGUGGAAAUGGAAAUGGGGUUAUGAAUUUCCAUCAUAAAUAUAUGUCGACCUCAAUUGGCAAAGAGACUGAUAAUAUAGAUUUUAUUUGUGAUGUUGCUGGGGUUAUUAGUGAUACUCCGACCGAGGUAGUUGCUACUCAGGCUACCCCUAUUGUUAGCGAAGUUGCAACUGCUGCUGCUGAUUCUGCAUUUCCAGUUGCUGCUUUGCAGUAUGUCAUUGAUGCUGUUCACUCAUUUACUGGUUUCAAUUGGUGGGCUUCAAUAGCUCUUACAACUUUGUUGAUUCGUGGGGCUACUAUUCCAUUUCUCAUUAAUCAGCUUAAAGCCUCCUCCAAGUUGGCGAUUAUGCGUCCACGUAUGGAGGAAAUUAAGGAGGAGGUGCAAGCCAAGGGCAAUGAUCCUAAUGCUAUAUAUGAAGCGAGACAGAAGAUGAAUGUGUUGUAUAAAGAAUAUGGUGUUACUCCACUCACUCCAAUGAAAGGACUCCUCAUUCAAGGUCCUGUUUUCAUCAGCUUUUUCUUGGCUAUAUCAAAUAUGGUGGAGAAGGUUCCAUCAUUUAAAAAUGGUGGCGCUUUUUGGUUUACUGAUCUCACGACUCCUGAUGCUAUGUACAUUUUUCCCGUUUUGACAGCAACAACCUUUCUCAUUACGGUUGAGUGCAAUAUGUUGGAAGGCAUGGAAGCCAAUCCUGUAGGCAAAACUGUGAAAAAUUUUUCACGAGGCCUUGCUGUUCUCACAGUUCCAUUCACAAUGAGUUUUCCCAAGGCAAUAUUUUGUUAUUGGAUCACUUCUAAUAUCUUCUCAUUCAUCUAUGCAACUGUAUUAAGAAUUCCGGGUGUUAAGCCAGCAUUGGGAAUUCCAAAUAUACCAGUGCCGCCUCCUAGUGCUUCGCAACAAAAGUCCAUGUCUUUCUUCGAAGUAAUCAAACAAGCUAAAGUAGCAGCCUCGCAGUUGAAGAAGCCUGAUUCAUUACCUGCCACUCCUGAACAGUCUAAAUCCAUUAACGGAAAAGCCUCAUCAUCGGCAGUUCUUAGUCAACGCAUUAAAAGUUUAGAGAGACAAGUGAAACAAAAGAAGAAAAAUAAGAAGCGCUAGCCGAUAAUGGUAUGGCGUGCAAUUCUUUUCCCUUCUAAAGUUAUAUCUUAAAUUUUGAUAGUAAAAACUUUUUUCACUGAAUAAGUGAAACCCUAAUUAGAGAGGUUAACUCACUAGUACUACCGGAUUUUGGCUAGUACAAAAGUUCGAAUACUAAAAAUCGUCAUAUUUGAUUAUUUUGAAGAAGGAUAUCUCACUGUACAAUCGUUCUUCGGAUGGUUUUUGUUUACAUCAUGAGGAAAAACAUUGCCAUCAUUUUUGGUUGUUACUGAGAUUAGUGUUGGAUAACAAUCAUUGCUUCCUUUUUCUGUUGAUUAGUAGUAAGAGUAUGAGUUUUCUAUAUCGGUCUUCUAUCAAAGGUGGUGGUAUUUAUGCUAUAUGAGUUAACGUAGGCGGUUCGGAUGGAAUGGAAAUAGACUGCUUGGGGCUAUCAUCUGUUUGAUUUUGGCAUUUUCCUACUGUGUUGAGAUUUAAUGUGAACGUAAGGGUUCGGUUAUGUUGUCAAAUCAGAGUUGAUUGCAAGCUGCAACUAUUACAAUCCGUUCAGUUGUUUGUACUAAACCAUCGUAAUAAGAAUGAAUUUAAUGUUAUUUUUCAUAAUAUUUGUUACGUUAUUCCCAUAGCAAUGAAAAUAACAUUCGCAAA